UUGUCUCCGCCCACCUUCGAGUAGAAGUCAAGCUGGAUAACAGUGGAGACUGGGCAGGGCGGGACUGUAAAGUCACAGCGUCGAUUGUCCACUUUCUCCUGCUUGAACGUCGAGUCUUGUCGUGCUUCUGCAGGCUGGCUUUUGCACAACUUGCGUGGAUCUGCCACGAAAGGCCCAGUGAGGAAUGCACGGUGACGGUUGCUUUUCCUGUGUAGUUUUGGUAGAAUUGCCGUGACGUGGGUCCACACACCGUGCAAGGGUGCAGCAUGACUUGUGUGUGAAACCCUCUCCGGGCUGGCACGGUGUGACCACCUCCGUCGCGCGUAAGCACCGUGCGCAAUGGAGCUCCCACGGCCACGCUGCUCCUCUCAAUCCGCGCUUUAAAGACACUGACAGACAACAUGAGUCAAGAGCAGGACGGGAUAUCCUUGCCCGUGCCUUGCUUUGGGGCUUGCCCCGCCAGAGAGGGUGAUGUUGGUGGGGAGACCAACAUCCGUGGAGGUGCAGGAGCCUCUGGUGCCCCAAUUCCAGCGGCGGGGACUUUCUGGCAGGAUUCCCUCAUGGGAGGCGGGGGGCUCAGCCACACUUCCGGAAACUGUGCAAUGGACGGUGGUGGUCUGCUGUCCACCGGCAAGUCGUGCAAAAGCAGGCCGGUGAGUGUCGCCUAUGUGCUCAACUACGAGCCCUCCCAGCAGAAUAACGCCGAGUGCAUGGCCCUCCAAUGCCUGAAGGACGCCUGUGGUACAGUGGGCAGCAAACUGGAGACGGUCCACUUUGGGAAGCUGGAUUUUGGGGAGACCACAGUACUGGACCGCUUCUAUAAUGCAGACAUCGCCGUUGUGGAGAUGACGGACGCCUUCCGCCAGCCGUCACUCUUCUACCACCUGGGAGUGAGAGAGAGCUUCAGCAUGGCCAACAACAUCAUCCUGUACUGCGACACCAACUCGGACUCCCUCCAGUCUCUGCAGGAAAUAAUUUGCCAGAAGAACACUACGUGCUCAGCCAACUACACCUUCAUCCCGUACAUGGUGACGCCACACAACAAGGUAUACUGCUGCGAAAGCAGCCUGAUGAAGGGCCUCACUGAGCUGAUGCAGCCCAGCUUUGAGAUGCUGCUGGGGCCCAUCUGCAUGCCCCUCCUGGACCGCUUCAUCCAGCUACUGAAGGUGUCGCAGGCCAGCUCCCACCAGUACUUUCGUGAAACCAUCCUGAGUGAAAUUCGUAAAGCUCGGGAGCUCUACACCGGAGCGGAGCUGUCUGCCGAGCUGGGUCGAAUCCAACAGCGACUUGACAACGUGGAAUGCCUCUCAGUCGACAUCGUCAUCAACCUGCUGCUGACCUAUAGAGAUAUCCAGGACUAUGAAUCAGUCGUGAAGCUGGUGGAGACUCUGGAGAAGCUUCCGACCUUUGACCUUGUGGCACAUCCUCAUGUAAAGUUCCACUAUGCCUUUGCACUGAAUCGGAGGAACCAGCCAGGCGACAGACAGAAGGCGCUGGACAUUAUGCUGCCCCUAGUGGAGGCUGAUGAGCAGGUGGCCUCAGACAUCUACUGCCUAGUGGGGAGGAUCUACAAGGACAUGUUCCUGGAGUCUCACUUCGCCGAUACGCAAAGUAGAGACAGCGGCACACACUGGUUUAAAAUGGGCUUUGAGUCGGAGCCAACACUGCACUCUGGUAUCAACUAUGCCGUUCUGCUGCUGGCUGCUGGACACCAGUUUGAAACUUCCUUUGAGCUUCGCAAAGUGGGUGUGAAGCUGAGCAGCCUGCUGGGAAAAAAGGGCAGCUUGGACAAGCUGCAGAGUUACUGGGAUGUGGGCUUCUUCCUGGGCGCCAGCAUACUGGCCUGCGACAACACCAGGGUCAUCCAGGCGUCCGAGAAGCUAUUCAAACUCAAAGCACCCAUCUGGUAUCUUCGGUCCCUGGUGGAGACCAUACUGAUCUAUCAGCAUUUCAAGAAGCCCGGUGUAGAACAGCCAGCCCCCAAACAAGAACUGGUGGACUUCUGGAUGGACUUUCUAGUAGAGGCCACCAAAAAAGAUGUCUCCUCUGUGCGAUUUCCUGUGUUGAUACUGGAGCCCACUAAAGUGUACCAGCCUUCAUAUUUGUCCAUAAACAAAGACGUGGAUGACAACACGGUGUCCAUCUGGCACGUCGCUCCUGACGACAAGAACAAGGGGAUACAUGAGUGGAACUUCAGCGCUACGUCCGUGCGAGGCGUCAGCAUCUCCAAGUUUGACGAGCGCAGUGCUUUUCUCUACGUCCUUCACAAUGCAGAGGACUUCCAGAUCUAUUUCUGCACCGAGAUGCACUGCAAAAGGGUCUGUGAUCUGGUCAACAGCAUCACUGAGGAAGCCUGGAGAGGUCCCGACGAAGGAGACUGUGACACUGACACCUUAGAGUACGACUAUGAGUAUGAUGAGCAUGGUGACAGGGUGGUUCUCGGAAAAGGCACAUUUGGAGUGGUCUAUGCGGGCCGAGACCUCAGCAACCAGGUCCGACUGGCCAUCAAGGAGAUACCAGAGAGAGACAGCAGGUAUUCUCAACCCCUCCAUGAGGAGAUCGCACUCCACAAGCACCUGAAGCACAAGAACAUCGUCCAAUACCUUGGCUCUAUCAGUGAGAACGGCUUCAUCAAGAUCUUUAUGGAGCAGGUGCCUGGAGGGAGUCUGUCUGCACUGCUAAGAUCCAAGUGGGGCCCCCUUAAAAACAAUGAGCCCACCAUAGGCUUCUACACACGACAGAUCCUGGAGGGACUCAAAUACCUGCACGACAAUCAGAUAGCACACCGGGACAUCAAGGGUGAUAACGUCCUAAUCAACACUUACAGCGGCGUGCUAAAGAUAUCUGAUUUUGGCACAUCCAAGCGCUUGGCUGGGAUUAACCCCUGCACUGAGACGUUCACAGGCACUCUGCAGUACAUGGCCCCUGAGAUUAUAGACAAGGGUCCCCGUGGUUACGGCAAGCCGGCAGACAUCUGGUCUCUGGGCUGCACCAUUAUAGAGAUGGCUACGGGCAAACCUCCUUUCUAUGAACUCGGAGAACCACAGGCUGCAAUGUUCAAGGUGGGCAUGUUUAAGAUCCACCCCGAGAUCCCAGAGUCCAUGUCCUCAGAGGCCAAGGCCUUCAUUGUGCGCUGCUUUGAGCCCGACCCGGACCGCCGAGCCACCGCCUACGACUUGCUCACGGACGAGUUCCUCACCGUCACCAGCCGCAAGAAGAGGAGUAAAAGUAGCUUCACCUCUCUAUCCCCAGGCACAGAGUACCUCCGCAGCAUCAGCCUGCCAGUGCCGGUGGUGGUGGAGGACACCAGCAGCAGCAGCGAGUAUGGCUCCGUCUCCCCUGACAACGACCUCAACACCAACCCCUUCAUCUUCAAGCCAAGCAUCAAGUGCUACAGUGAACGCGACGUCAAGGGGCCCAGGUCCCUUUUCCUCAGUAUCCCAGUUGAGAACUUUGAAGACCACAGUGCCCCCCCAUCCCCCGAAGAGAAGGAUUCAGGCUUCUUUAUGCUGAAGAAGGACAGUGAGAGGCGAGCCACCCUGCACCACAUCCUCACAGAGGACCUGGACAAGGUGGUGGCCAACCUGAUGGAGGCCCUCACACAGGGAUCGGAGGAAAUGAAGCUGAAGCCUCAGCACAUCUCCACUCUGGUGGUCAGCCUGGCCGACUUCGUCCGCAUGGCUGACAGGAAAAUCAUCGCCCGCACGUUGUCUCAACUCAAGCUAGAGCUGGAUUUUGACAGCACAGCCAUAAGCCAGCUGCAGGUCGUACUGUUCGGCUUCCAGGAUGCUGUGAACAAAGUGUUGCGGAACCACAACAUCAAGCCUCAUUGGAUGUUUGCGCUGGACAACAUCCUGCGCAAAGCAGUGCAGACCGCCAUCACAAUACUGGUGCCAGAGCUGAGGCCUCACUUCAGUCUGGCCUCAGAAAGCGACGCAGCCGACCAGGACGACGCUGAUGACGAUGCUGAGCCUGAGAGAAGAAACUCGGUGCACCAGAGUCGCCCGCCGCCCGCCGUGGCUCACGACGACACCGUGGCCACGUCGGGAGUCAGCACGCUCAGUUCCACCGUGUCGCACGAGUCCCAUAAUGUGCAGCACUCUGUGAGCAUGGAGCUGGGCAGAAUGAAGCUGGAGACCAACAGGUUGCUGGAACAGCUUUUGGAGAAGGAACGGGAGUACCAGGCCAUCCUUCAACAAGUUCUGGAGGAGAGAGAGCAGGAGAUCAGACUACUCCGGCUGCGAUCCCAGUCAGAGACUGCAUGUGAUCCAGAAGGACAGAUGGGUCAACCUGCCAAAAAACGAGAAGACGCAGAGCUGAGCAGCUGGCUGAGGCUUUACGGGGCAGACCAGGAUGCCGUAGACGCCAUACUCAGUGAGGAGUAUACGUUGAACGACAUCCUCCAUGAUGUCACAAGAGAUGAUCUGAAGUGUUUAAAACUGAGGGGCGGAAUCCUGUGUAAACUUUGGAAGGCCAUCACAUACCACCGACACAAGCCCACCUGAGGCCUUAAGUGGCGACCACCACUCUUGUGAAGCCAGGACACCUCAGUGUUCUCCUCAAUAAUACCUCAGUAUUUAUUAGAACAACCUGUGUUUUCAGCACGGCAACAGCUUUCCAGCUGUACCAACCUGUUUUCUUGGUCAUGCGUGUUGUGAUGGUUUUGAAAAUGUCAUUUUGGCAUGUGCCACUAUAGCGUCGACGCGCCUUACCCUUACGGACAUCAGCGACUUUUACUGGUGGUUUUCUUCGUGAACUCACCGUGUAACGUUGAGCAAAACAAUUGUUUCCGUCUUUACGUGCUGAAACGUUUACAAUAUCUAAAGACUGACUGCUUGUAGCCUGAGAUACAAAAAUGUGACAUGAAAAGAUUUCAUUUUUAUUCAGCUGUUUAUUGCAGACAUGGCAUCCCAUCUUGUUUUAUUUAUUAUGAAUUGCUAUGGGAAUCUGAAGGAUGUCAAUGCAUGCCCUGUUGUUUUUGUAAACAUCACUGCAACUAAUUUAAAUCGGUUUUAUUCACAUUUCACAAACAUGUAAAUAUUGUGCGUCAUCUUCAAAAUAUGUGAACUGCGUACAUGUAUUUAAUGUUGUUAUACUUGUUGCAGAGUUUCCAUGUGGACUGGCUAUGCUUCCGUGCUAUUGUUGGAUUUUCUAAGGUGAAAUCAUAGGAUAAUACUACCGUAAUUUACAACAUAUCACAUUGUUUUCAUCAUUUUUACACUGAUUUUAUUUUCCACAUUUAAUAGUAUGAUUUAACAUGCUGUUUGUUGGAAGGAACAUUGAAAGACUUUUAUACUUACAUUCUUACAAGAGUUUAUUGUAAACCACACCGUCAGAAACAGGCAAAAUCAAGAAG